AUGGGAGGCUGCAUUUCAGCACCUGGAAAAGGUGGUCGCAUAAUCUCCAGAAGAAAGGUACAUUAUGACCACAGACCAAAACCCAUGCCGGAGACCCCCAUGGCGGCGGCGCCGUCGCCGAGGCCGACGAGAAACGGAGUUGUGAACGUGCUCAAGAACCCAACAGGUGAUAACAUAAGAGAAAGAUACCACCUUGGGAAAGAGUUAGGGAGAGGAGAAUUUGGCGUUACGUACAAAUGUUUUGAUAAAGAAACAGGGGUUACGUAUGCAUGCAAGACAAUAUCAAAGGCGAAGCUUAGGACAGAAAUAGAUUUAGAAGAUGUAAGAAGAGAAGUAGAGAUUAUGAGACGGUUGCCUAAGCAUCCAAAUAUUGUAAGCUUUAAGGAAGCUUAUGAAGAUAAAGAGAGUGUUUAUCUUGUUAUGGAACUUUGUGAAGGAGGUGAACUUUUUGAUCGGAUUGUUACUAAAGGCCAUUACACUGAACGUGCUGCGGCCAUGGUUACUAAGACCAUUUUGGAGAUUGUCAAGAUAUGCCAUGAUCAUGGAGUGAUACACCGAGACCUAAAACCUGAGAAUUUCCUGUUCGCAGAUUCAGAAGAAAGCUCCCAAUUAAAAGCAAUUGAUUUUGGCCUCUCCAUAUUCUUCCAGCCUGGUCAACGUUUCAGUGAAAUUGUAGGAAGUCCAUAUUACAUGGCUCCAGAGGUUCUAAAACGCAAUUAUGGACCAGAAAUUGAUGUGUGGAGUGCUGGUGUCAUCCUCUAUAUCUUGCUUUGUGGAGUUCCUCCCUUUUGGGCUGAAACUGAGGAAGGUAUUGCACACGCAAUAGUUGGAGGCAGAAUAGAUUUUACAAGAGAACCUUGGCCUAGGGUUUCUGAACAAGCAAAGGAGCUAGUCAAGCGCAUGCUUGAUCAAAAUCCUUACAACAGAUUAACUAUUCAAGAAGUCCUAGAACACCCAUGGAUACACAAUGCGAGAGAUAUGCCUAAUGUGAAUCUUGGAGAUAACGUUAGAGCAAAGAUCAAGCAAUUUUCAUUGAUGAACAAGUUCAAGAAGAGAGUUCUUAGAGUGGUGGCAGACAACUUACCAGAUGAGCAAAUAGAUGGAAUCAAACAGAUGUUUUAUAUGAUGGAUACUGACAACACUGGGGACUUGUCUUUUGAUGAACUCAAAGCUGGUCUCCAUAACAUUGGACAUGUUCUUCCUGAUCCUGAUGUUCGGAUGUUGAUGGAUGCAGCGGAUAUAGAUGGAAAUGGGACACUGAGCAUUGAGGAGUUUGUGGCAAUGUCAAUUCAUCUGAUAAAGAUUGGGAACGAUGAGCAUCUCUCUCAAGCUUUUAGGUUCUUUGACAAAGACCAAAAUGGAUACAUUGAGUUUGAUGAGUUGAAAGAUGCAAUGGUAAAUGACAAUUUAGGUCCAAAUAAUGAACAGAUCAUUAAAGACAUCAUAUCAGAUGUUGAUCUUGAUAAGGAUGGAAAAAUCAGUUACGAUGAAUUCAAAGCAAUGAUGAAAAGCGGGAUGGAUUGGAAAAUGGCUUCCCGUCAAUAUUCAAGAGCAAUGCUAAAUGCAGUUAGCAUGAAAUUACUCAAAGACAAAUCCAUGCAGCUAACGACGUAA